AUGCAUAAGCCACAAGCCGUCAAUCAUGAAAAUGAUGACGAGGAAGAUGAGGGCGACGGCGGCGAUGAUGAUUUGGGUGAUCAGUGGGAUUUGGAUUACAAUGUUUGCGCUAACAAAUUGUCGAGAUCAGCUGUAGAACGCGAUGCAGAAGGGUAUCUUGCGGACGAGGAAAUCGCGGAUGUUGCGGCCUACCGGGAAGCGGAAGAUGCACAGGUCGAGCAGGAUGAUGGCGACGAUGAUGGCAACGAUGACGGCGGCGAUGGCUUGGGGGUCAGGGGGGGAAAGUGUGGAGGCUUCUUCAGUAUGUUCGCCGAUUGA